AUGAAGAUGAUGUCCUCCUCGCGCUGCCUCCUCCUCCUCCUCCUCUCCCUCACCGCCUCCAUCGGCUGCUGCUCCGCCGCUCAGAGGGAUUCCAAACUCCACCUGCUGCUGCACAGGAGCCCGCUGCUGUCCAACAAACAGGACCUGUCUCGCUCCUCGCUGGCCGAGCUGCUCCUGACCGACCUCCUGCAGGCGGAGAACGAGGCUCUGGAGGAGGAGGACUUCCCUCUGGCUGAUGGAGAACCUGAGGACGUCCACGUGGAUCUGGAACGAGCCGCCGGCGCCAGCGGGCCGCUGCUCGCCCCCCGAGAGAGGAAAGCAGGCUGCAAGAACUUCUUCUGGAAGACCUUCACUUCCUGCUGA